UGGGAUUUGACCCACAAGGGGCAUUUCAAUGCCAUUGGUUUAAAUAAUGCCUGGGAGGCUUUUGCCGCGGAAUUACAGAAAGACGUGAAAGAUUGCAAAGCCUCAUGGAAAUCGUUGCGGGCCAGCAUGCGCUACCACCAGAAGAUCUCCAAGGAAAAAAAAGUAAGUGGAAGUGCUGGAGGGAAUGUUGUUCCCGGUCCGAAGGCGAAUGACGACUAUGAUUAGGAUUUUGCGUCAGAAAUGACUUUUUUGCCGGACCUCUCGGACAAAAGGCGAACGAUGACGCUACCAAAACCAUUAGAGACGUCAAUGUCUUCCGAAAUUUUCGAGGACACAGAUCUAAUGUUUGCUGAGUACCUCGACGACAGUCUACCAAGCAUCUCAUUCGACCAGAGCACGUUGGAGGACCAAGAGCUACAGCUGCAGAAGGGACUAGAGGACAUGGAGAAGGAGAGUUCCAGUUCAUAUUCCUAUAAGCCAUCAACUAAGAAGCGCAAGGCUGCGGCGGAUGAAAGCUGUGCCCUAACACAGAAAUUUACGGAGUACGUUGACUUGCAGAAGUCCAUAGUAUCGCAGACCAAAAACGUUCCACUGGUGGUCACCUACUGGGGCGAAAUAAUGAAAGAUCUGCCGGAAGAAAUGCAAGAUGAAGCGGAACUGCAUAUAACCAAAUUUUUGUUGGAUUUGAAACAAAAAGCAAAAUACCAUGAAUAA